AUGAGUACCCUGACCGUGUGCCCAUAUUGCAGCAUGGAAAUGCGGUUUGAUGCGAUGAAAGGGCAUCUUGACCAUUGUGGUGAGCGCACCCCUCUCGCCAAGCCUUCGUCAAUCUCCCCCUCAAAGUACCCCGUCCCGCCAGCAGCUGAGGAGGUCAUUUCUGGGCUGGAUUUUUACCACCGGCUGAACAAACUGAGUCGUCUUAGUCGCCCGACGCGUAGCACUAGCGACAGCGGUGGAAAUCGCCUCAGCACCUCUUCCGUAAUGCAUGAUGCUGUCGUGGCUCAGCAGUGCAUGGGCUCUCCAACGUCUCUCACUAUCGAUAUUGCCUCAUCCCACUCCCGCAGGUCCGUGUUAUCGCGGGAGAACGCCACAGUAGAGUCGCGAAAGCGGUCUUCGCUGUCUUGGGCGGUCAGGUCGAACGUGUCUGGAGGCGCAGCUGUACCACCGGCUCAGCCGCAGCCAUCGCCACCAUCAAUUCAAGUUGACUUGCGAAGCGCCACCCCGGAAGCGGAUGUGUCGUGGAGGGGUGCAGGGGCAAGCGUGCGUUCAGCGUCAGUCGUACCAUCCAAUGGGCAGUCCCAUUCAGCAGACCCUCUUUCUGCUUCUUCCGUUGUACCUGCUAGGGCUGUGCCGAGCAACCCGCUCAGCGCAGCUGCGAGCAGUCACCGCGGGGCUCUGCACAGGCAAUUAAGGAGUACAGCAAGAGAGACACAAUCGCUUCAUUGUCAUCCCACCAACUCUGUCCAUUCAGCUCCACCCAGUGCACGCAGAGCUUCUGUGGAUGGUGUGUCAGCUGUAGGGGAUGACUCGGCACUGCCGAGCACCAUCGCUGAACUCAGCAGCGCGCAUUCCUCGGCUCCAGCUGCGAUAAGUGCAAAGUCCACCUGCGAGACCCCCAUAGCCGCCUCAUUUGCAGCGUCGACUGUUUCGUCCAUGACGUCGUCGCAGCGCCCCACGCCGCAGCUGAGCAGCUUCGCAAUUCGCCUGCGUGGGAACAAAGGAUCCACCGCUUCACCUCAGAAGACACCUGAGAGGGCCUCUCGUGUGCCGUUGAGGAGACUACACGACAGCGACGACAUUGGCGACACUCAGCGAGCAAACAACGACACUUACGCAGCAUCAUUGCUGGGAUCUGUACCGGCAGCCAUUAGGCAGAUGAAAGUGUCGCUAUGGCAGGUGCAGCGACUCGUCCGGCAGCAGCAGGGACAGUAUUCGGCCUUCCUCCGAGCCCACAGGGACUUGCAGCACCAGCUCACCGCUCAGCAAGACGCCUGCAACGAAGUCGUGCGACGCUCAAUGGACCAAGCCGCAGCCAUGGAGGCUGCGCUUCAGGAGCACACCACGCAGGGACAGCGGGAACGAGCCGCAAUGCAAGAGAAUAUUGCCUCUCUCUGGGCUAUUGUGUCGGACAUACAUCAGCGCCUGCAUAGCGACUCCCAAUUGCCGGCGAAUGCUCUAGCGGCAUCGCACCCGAAUGAGACUGCCGCCUGCACAUCGAUCCGUGUACCAGCGCCACCCACACCUUUCCUGCAGAACGGCGUGCUUGAGCGGCAACGAGCAGGCUAUGCUUCCCAACUGGUGUCCACACCCGCGCGAUCGAGCAACGGCCCCAAAAGGCCGCAAGAGUCGUCCAUCCACAUCAUGGUGCAGCGUCCACCCUCGUGUGAGGAGAGCACCUACUACUCUGAUAUUGCCUCCUUUAUCCAACCGGAUGUUACUGCUACCUCGUCACUGUCCGCGUUGUUGCAUCCUCGCAAGGACGCCGUGCGGCUUCCUGCACAAGUGCGUGAUUCGGCGUUUGCGAAGGGACUUAUUGACCCACCUGCGCCUCGCUUCGCCUCUGGGGCAGCAGCACCUUUACCGACAGCUGCGCACGUUUCUCCUUAUGUGAUGGAUGUGCAGCAGCAACAGCAGCGGCAUCAUGAGUCCAUGGAGGACCGAGUGUCUGUGAUGCUGCACGCGAAGCCCACCGUGGUCUUGCACCACUCUCCCUGGAAGUAG